CCACACCAAGUGUUGCUCCGCGGACUGGAGGGCAACCAGCUGCAGCUGUGGGUCAAGUCCAAGGCCCUGUGGGGCAACAGAUUGCAGCAGCAGGGGACCCUGUCCAGAGGGUAGCAGCUGGUCCUCUGGUGGGUUCCGUAGCUGUUCAACAGGCUCCACCAUCCAGUCCAGCCCAGAGUGCUCCAGUAGUACCAGGACUGAGACCUGAGGGCCAAAAGACACGACCCAUUUUGAGUUUGGCAAUGUUUACUAAGCCAAGAUUUGGUGGAGCGCAUGUUGCUGCUGCAAAACCAAAUCUUAGCAAAGCCAGAAGAGUAACCAAGACCCAAAUCACAGUCACAGACCCUGCUGAGGAAAGUACCAGUGCUCCUUCCAGCACUCCUGUCUCAGCUUCAACUUCUCAAGCAGAGAGCCAGGCGCCAGCACCUGUCCCCAGUCCAGCACCUGUCCCCAGUCCAGCACCUGUCCCCAGUCCAGCACCUGUCCCCAGUCCAGCAGCUGUGGUUGCCACUGUGUCUUCUGCUGCUGACACUAGGACAGAAGCACCAGCUUCAACCUCCCCCCUGCCCCGUUUGUGGUCAGAAGGUUUGCCGCCCGAAGACCACAAAUGGAUUGAAAAAUCUAUCCUGAGGACGGGGCCAAAAGGGAGACUGCAGCUUCAGGACCAUCUGAAGCUGUGGCACUUUCCACCUCAGCCGAGUCACCUGUACAACCAGGCUCCAGCACCAGACCGCUUCUUUGCCCAUCCACUGUUUGUAUGGAUGCCAUACAAGUUGUGGAAGGUGAAAGUGGUCUGUCCUAAUGCAGCCUGUCAACAGCACCAACUCACAGGAGCAGGGCUGCAUAAGAGGGCACGGCGGGUCCUUGACGUGGACAGGACCUACAACAUGGUGACAGAGACACUGACCUGCACCAAAUGUAGAGCCACCCACGUGUCUUGGAGCCAAACUGUCCUCAGGCAGCUGGACUUGGCUCACAGGUCUGAAUUCCGGGUGAUCCUGACCCAGAAAUAUGCCUGUGACAUCCGGGUGAUCCGCUUCCUGCGGGAGAGAGGUCUGGGUAACAGUCCAACACGGGUUGUUAAGCAGCUGAUGGAAAACCACUCUGAGGAGUGGCUGCAUCGGGUUGCCAGGUACACCACAGAGUGUGUGGACUUUCAGCAGCGCCCCGGACUGCUGCCCAUGACUUUCCCUGAGCCCCCUGAGCCUUCUGUGGUGCCAAGCUGCAAGUGGCUCCUGUCUGUCUACAGCCAGGACAUCUUGACAAGGCUCGAGGACAUCAAGGCCAGGAUAACAUCCACCUUUGGCACAAUUUUAAAGAUGGACUCGACCAAAAAGAUCACCAAGAAGCUUGCCGGCACGGCUAAAGGGACAGCUCUCUGGCUCACCUCCGUGGGGAAUGAGCAUGGUCAGAUUCUGAUCAGUGUGCUGACCGCUCAGGAGGGAGCUGGCCUGGACAUGAUGGCAGCAGACCUGGUACAGCGUUACCAGAAAGCUGGUGUCCAUCCCCCUGUUGCCCUGUAUGUGGACUGUGGCUGCUGCUCCAACGCUGGGGAGACCAAGCUGGAGGCCAGAUUCGGUGGGUGGCCUGACCUCAUCGUCAGGCUCGAUAUCUGGCACUUCAUGCGCAGAAUUGCCCUGGGAUGCGCAACAGAUGCUCAUCAGUUGUACCCGGUCUUUAUGUCACGCCUGUCAGCGUGCAUAUUUGAGUGGGAUGCAGCUGAUUUAGCUCUGUUGCGCGAAGCAAAAAAACAGCAGCUUCAGUCCCAGGGCAUGGCAGUCACAGAUCAGGACAUCAACAGGCAUCUGUCCAGGGGGGAGCUGGCCCUCCAUUGUCGGAGGAGAACCCGGGGUGAAGAGGCCACCACCCAGAUGCUGGAGGAGCUGCUGCAGGGGCUGACGGGGACCAGUGGCAACGACUCUCUUGGAGUUCCCCUGUUUGACAUGGACAGGAUGGAGCACAUCUGGCAUGUCCAAAGCAAGCACAUCAAAUGCAUCCAGGACCCGCCAGGUGUGUCUCUCUACACAAAAACAGGGGAGCUCACUAAGGGAGGUGUGCGGUUGCCCACAUUCAGGUGCGCCAGGGGCUCUACAUCUUUGGAGUCCUUUCAUUUGCACCUCAACCGCUUCAUCCCAGGAACCAGUGCCAACAGCCUGAAUUUUCAGGUUUACUUGCUUGAAGGACUCCAUAGGUGGAACCAGGACCGUGGUAGUGCUGCCCUGUCGGCUGGACCAUCUGCUUUCCGCAGCUACUCGGGUGACCUGCUUCACUGUGUGAACAGGAACUAUGAGAAGCUGUUUGGCAGGAAGGUGGUCCCAGAGUUCUGUCCACCCUCCCCUUACACUGGAGAGCUCAUAGGGCUGCAGUAUCUGUUCCGGCAGACUGGUCAGGCACUGCAGGAUAUGCACCCUGAUUCGGAGGAGACUGCUCAGAUGGUGGAGGAGCAUAAUGUGGAGGACAAUGAGGAGGAAGAUGAGGGGUUUGCCGAAGCAGCAGAGGACCCAACAGUGCUGGACCAGGAAGCUCUCCAUGCCCCUGCCACUCUGACUCCUGGCCUGAGCUCUAGUGUGUCCACAGCUCAGCUCACCUCCUCCACAACAGCUCCUUGCAGUUCCUCCAGCCAAGCUUCGAGCACCUCCUUCAUCCCAGCUCCUAGCACCUCCUUCGGGACAGCUCCCAGCCCACUGGCCAUAGCUCCCUCUCCUGGCCCAUCUGCAGUAGCCUCUGCUUCGUCAUCUCUGGUCUCAACUUCAUCCUCUGAGACUGGAGUUGAUAUGCAGCCUCAUGAUGAUGAUGUGGCUGUGGACGAGCAGAAUGUCCCUGGCUACCAGAACGUGGACAGACUCGCUGAGUUUUUGGUGGAGCUUCGGAGUCAGACGUCCCUGUGUCUCACCAACCAGCAGGCCAGCACCAUCAAAGGCCUGUGGGACAGCCUCAACGAGCGGGACAGGCAGCGGGUGGUAUAUGCUGCUCGACACCAGGACAGGCUCCUGACUGGAAGGUUCAGAACACCGAAGAAGCCCUCAACCACGCCUGGUGUGGAGAGCACUGCCCGCUGCCUGUUAGGUGCAAGUAGCGCGCCUGCUCAGUGGCCUAACUGCUGUCGGUUGGUGGAGAACAUUUUCAUUCGACUCUGCAGCAUUCACCAAGGCCCAGUGAGGAGAGGGAAGACAGCUGUCUCGAGGUGGUCCCUUAUCUUGAGGGAUUACCACAGGAUAAGGCAGCUGGUGCUAGGGAACUCUCUGGUGAUGCAGCAGACAGCCAUUCAGCUGGUGGAGGUCAACCAGAACACCCUGAUCCAGUGGUUCAACUCCAGGCAGAAGAGACAGGAACUGUCUGUGCUGCUUCAGGGUGCCGUCCUACCUCCAGCCAUCUCUGAAUCUGCAGAGCCUCUUCAGGAGGCAAGAGUGCUAGCUGCUCAGCCUGCACCAGCGCAGCAGGAGCACCAGUACUGGCUGCCAGAGAGCACAGCUGGUCAGGCACAGCAGAGGCAGAGGGGUCCUAGUCAGGUCCCCCGCACCAUCUUACCGAAAACACCGGGCAAGAGGCCUCUGUUUGCCGGCCCCCCAGCACCAGCACCCAGUCUGACAACCCAGUUUGUCUCUCCACCUGGACAAAAUGUCAGACUAAUACAAGUGCCAGUUAUAUAUCCUGUGGCAGUUUUCCCUCAGACAGGUGCAGCUACAAGCCAAGAAGAAGCCCCACCCAAGAGGCCAUACAGGAGGACGGUGGAGGCUAACACCUGCAAUAAGUGUGGCCAGUUCAGGAAUGCCGAAACUGGCCACAGCCAGUACUAUGGCAAAGUGUACUGCCCUGAGUUUGAGACCCUCACCAAACAGCAGUGGCUGGAGGAAAUGAGGAAGAAAUUCCAGAAGUAGGCUGAUCUUGUAAAUAAUAACUAAAAUGGCACACUAAAUUAAAACUGUAAAAAUUGUAUAUAGUUGUAAGUAUUUAUGUUUAUUUUUGUUGUUUUGUAAGUUAUGAUAGUGUGCAAUAAAUUGUUAUAUUUUCUACAAACAAACACAA